AGUUGGAGUAUUGAUCAAAUUUUUAGAUCAAUUCAUUUCUCCUUCUUCAAUGGAGUUUUCUCUUCGAUUGUUCUCCUCUGUUCUUCUAAUCAAAUAGUCGUUAGAUUGAGUUUUUCUCAAUAUCCUUGUAUAUAUAUGCAAUUAAUCAUUCUUUCUCAAAACACUAAGUGGGAGAGACAAGGAGAUAUAAAGAGAUGGAAAAAGCAAUCCUAGUUUUAUUUAUUUGCUUCAUUGUUAUGGCUAUGCCAAUGGCUCAAGGGGUUAUAUUAGGACCCAAAGCUAUGGAAAAAUGGUUCCACAAGCUUCCUCUUGCAAAGCAAAAGGUAACCAAAUUUCAUUUCUAUUUUCAUGAUAUAACUAGUGGAAAAAAUCCAACUGCAGUUCAGAUAGCCCAGUCUAACAUGACUACUAAAUGGCCAACUUUCUUUGGGUUUGUUGAAAUGAUAGACAACCCACCAACAGUUGGACCUGCCAAUUCGACUAUAGUGGGUCGAUCUUAAGGGAUUUAUGGAGCAGCUGAUCAAAAUGUGUCUGGCCUUCUCAUGACUCUCAACUUUGUAUUCACAACUGGUGAGUAUAAUGAUAGCACGUUGAGUGUACUUGGCCGGAAUCCAGCAUUUCCCAAGUAUCAUGAGAUGCCGAUCGUUGGUGGUUCUGAAAAUUUUCGAUUGGCUCAGGAAAUCACCACCACUAAGACGUAUUGGAUCAAUACGACCAACAGAGAUGGUGUUGUUGAGUACAAUGUUAUAGUCUUGCAUAAUGACAUUUAA